GAACAAAAAUAUCUACUAUCGAAUAUCGAUAGACACACAACAAGAGCAGAUAGAAGAAGGCAGAACCAGAGCGAUGGCCAUGGCUAUGUCUUCUUUCCGCAUUGUAUUUCGUCACAUACUACACACUAAAAUCAACAACCGUUUCUUCACUCCACCACCUCGCACCACGUGGCGUCACUCUCUUCUUUCUUCUCGCAUUUCAUCUUCAACUAAUUACAGUUACAACGUUAUCACCAACAAAGACGAACGCUUACUCGAACAAAUCGAGAACGAUAACAACAACACCAACGUUGUUGCAAACUCAACAACAAUUGCAGCCAUUGUAACAUCCCUAGGCGGUCCCCCAGCCGCCGUCGGAAUCGUUCGCCUUUCAGGUCCGCACGCGGUGUCUAUCGCGGGUCGAGUUUUCCGACCCGCGAGAAACACGUGGCGGCCUACUAGUCAUGUUGUUGAAUACGGUGUCGUUUUGGAUUCCGAUGGAAAUGUUGUUGACGAGGUUAUAGCGGUGCCGAUGUUAGCACCGAGGUCGUAUACUCGUGAAGAUGUUGUUGAACUUCAGUGUCAUGGGAAUGAAGUGUGUUUGCGUCGUGUGCUAAGGAUUUGUUUAGAAGCUGGAGCAACACUUGCUCAACCAGGAGAGUUUACUCUUCGUGCUUUUCUAAAUGGUCGUUUGGAUCUCUCUCAGGCUGAAAAUGUUGGAAAACUGAUUGCAGCCAAAUCUGUGGCUGCUGCCGAUGCAGCACUGGAAGGAAUCCAGGGUGGUUUCUCUUCUCUUGUCAGAUCAUUGAGAAAUCAGUGCAUUGACUUACUCACUGAGAUUGAAGCUCGUUUAGAUUUCGAAGAUGAGAUGCCACCUCUAGAUUUGAAUGGGAUUAUGGAUAAAAUACACCAUAUGUCACAAGAUGUUGAGAAUGCAUUGGAAACGGCAAAUUAUGACAAGCUUCUGCAAUCUGGAUUACAGAUAGCAAUUGUUGGCCGUCCUAAUGUUGGCAAGUCAAGCCUUCUUAAUGCAUGGAGCAAAAGUGAGAGAGCAAUAGUUACUGAAAUUGCUGGAACAACUCGAGAUGUGAUUGAAGCAAGUAUCAACAUUAACGGCAUCCCCAUAACCCUUCUUGAUACUGCAGGCAUCAGGGACACUGAUGACAUUGUGGAAAAAAUUGGUGUAGAGCGAUCUGAAGCUGUUGCUAGAGGUGCUGAUUUAAUUAUCAUGACUGUGAGUGCUGUUGAAGGGUGGACUUCUGAAGACACCAAACUUCUUGAAAGGAUUCAAUCCGCUAAGGAAUCAACUGGAUCUUCAACCCCAGUAAUCCUUGUGGUCAACAAGAUAGAUUGUAAGCCUUGUGCAGAGACUGAAUGGGACAAAGGAAUGCACAGUCACAAAAUUUUCAGCAAACAAGUGUUUACAUGUGCUGUAACCAGUCAAGGAUUACAAGACUUAGAGAGGGCAGUCUUAGAGAUUGUGGGUAUGGAUGGCAUUGCUUCUGGGGGUCGCAGAUGGACCGUCAAUCAGAGACAAUGUGAACAACUUGUUCGGACCAAGGAAGCACUUGUGAGAUUACAAUCAUCAAUAAAGGAAGAACUACCUAUGGAUUUUUGGACAAUUGAUUUGAGGGAUGCUGCAUUGUCACUUGGACAGAUAAGUGGGGAAGAUAUAUCCGAGGAGGUUUUAUCAAAUAUAUUUGGCAAGUUCUGUAUUGGUAAAUAAUAAUACAGUUCCCUCCCUACAUGGUGCUAAGUGAUUUUUUGCAUAUUUUCAAUCUUGUAAAACUCUAUCUGGGCCAGUACACGUACCUCCAUGGAUUUAAUAUUUUAAAGCCGUGGGUGGGGAUCAGUUUUGUUGUAUAAUUUUUCUGCUUUUCUCACCACAUGACCUUUUUGACUAUGAUCAAAUAACCAGUGCUAUGUAUAACUAUUUUUGGGAGGAAUUUUCCCACCCUCAAACGAAUCAGUUUUUGUGCGAUCCAAAAGUGUACUUCUAGACAAAUGAAGAUUUUGUGUCGUCCAUGUGUA